CUGAUCUGGGUGUACUGUUAAUCCACCGGAAAUAAAACCCUCCUCCUUCCUCUUCAUAUUUAGAACCGACCUGCAGUCUGCAAUGAAUGAAAACACCUCCUAGAGACCGAAGCAACUCUUUGCUGCAGAGUUAGUGAAGCAGCCGAUGCGCCACUAUGACGUCCAUCCCUGCUCUUCUCGCUCUCAGUCUAACAUCAGCACUCCUCAGCUGCUCAGCCGCACAAUCCUCCAUCCGCUGCAUAUGGACCAAAGUUUCUCCUAACGGCCAAGUCCACGUCAGCUUCCUCCGUGGGGAUCCACUCGGGACCCCCCUGCGCCUGUACCACAGCGUGUGGUCCGGGGAGCGCGCGCUGUCCGGGUGCACCUGGAGCGAUGACGCAGCGCUCAUCCAGAGCUAUGCGUCUCUUUGCCGGGGGCGCACGCUGGGAUUUUCCGACCGUGCGGCUAAAAUAUUUGAUCUGGACUCUUUGCUUGACGCGGAUGAGUGCGUCUCUCUGGCCUCUCCGAGCUUUGAGGGGGAGAAACGGGGGAGACACGUGAGAAGCCUCGGGGAUCAGAGCGAGGAUGAAAGGUCAGAGGUCAGGAUACGCACGCGAGUAAAACGCGGCUUUAUUGUUCCUGGGACUCUGUGGUGCGGCUCAGGCAACAAAGCCCCAUCAUAUGCAGAUUUGGGAGUUUUUUCCGACACGGACAGCUGCUGCAGGGAACACGACCAGUGCAAACACACCAUCCUGUCCUUUCAAUCUGAGUUUGGCGUUUUCAAUAGCAACAUCUUUACCAUGUCUCACUGCGACUGCGAUAACAAGUUUCGCAGCUGUCUGAGGACGGCGAAUGACAGUAUAGCUGAUGUCGUGGGAUAUACCUUCUUCAACCUGUUGAAGAUGCACUGCUUCACCUUUUCACCCCGCCUCCAGUGUGCUGAGAGGAACUGGUUUGGAAUGUGUAAAAAGACUCAGAUGGCGCUUUACGCUGACGUCCAUUCGCCCACGCAGUAUGAGUCGGCACGCUCCGAAGACGAGGGCUGCAUGAACGGCUCCUGCUCUUACAUCAACUCCACUGCACCUGCAGAACUCCAGGAAACAAACGCCUCAGAUCCACGCCUCCUCUCCACCACUGCAGCCACAUCCACGGUCCCUACAGCUUCCUCCGCUCCGUCCAUCACUGAUGGUACAAACUUCUCUGCUGGUAAAGCAUCAAUGGAUGCUAGAGAAAGUGUUACAGAGAACAAUUUACCUGCCAGACAUCGCGCUGGGACUCAGCAGUACUCCAAUUCUACAGAGGAGGAGAGCUCUUGCACUAUAUACAAGGAACUUGAUGAGUGUAAGAACAAGAUUCUACCCCAGCAGAGAAAAUAUGGCCUCCACAACACAGAAACGAAGAUGCUUUAUCACUGCAACUGUACAGCAAAACUGUUCCACACUGUGGCUCAAUGGAGACAGCUGAGCAAAGAGCAUGUUCUUCUGCUUAGACAUGUGGCUAAAUCCUGCUUCCUGCCACAGGACUGCGCAGCAGGCAGCAACUGCACCGCAGUCCUGGUGAAAGCAGAACCUCCUCAGCUGCUUCAGAGGAAUGUCGCACAAGUGGAACAACAGCGCCAUCUACAGAUCGUGAAGCAGAAGGAUCUUCAAAUUCUGGACCAAAACUGGCUCCUCUUUGGAACCAAUUAAAGCAAACCCACAACAUGAUGCUGCCACCACCUUAUUUUUCUCAGCUCCUCAUGUUCUUUCUGAGAUGCUCUGGAUAGUCUUUUUUUUUUUUUUUUUUACACUUUAAGGUAGCAUUAGUUAAAUUUGUCUUCUUCUGAUUUAUCAGGCAACCUCUCAUCUCACAGGGUUUUGGAAAGCUUUAUCCAGGUUUUGAUGGGUUCUUUAUUUAUAACUUUUUUUGGCUCCUUAACCUUAGUAUAUAAAGAAUACAUGACAUUUCCUUCAACCAGUUCUUUUUGAACAUUUCCUGCAACUCCUUCAGUGUUGCUAAUGCCCUGUUUUUUUAAAAGCACCAUGGUAGAGUAGUCUUCUACUGUUUUACAGUAAGAUACUUUUAAAUCUAUCAGUAAACUAUGGCUUCAGCUAAAUGAUGCAAAUGACAAGAGAAAAACCUGCAAAGGCUCCUAAACUGAAGACUAACAGCUGAAACCGGGUCAGGGAUGCUUUAGUAACAUAAUAAUGUAUGGAUGGACAUGUCUGCGAACUGGGGAUUUUACUCAUAAAUUUGUUUGUUGUUCAGUUACAGUAGAAAAUGUCAUAUUAUUGUAAAAAAAAAAGGUUUGGAAAUAAUUAAUCAUGCUUUAAUUACAUCAGAAAUGUGUUGCUCACCUCUGUAGAGCCACUAUGUCUGUCAUCCAGCCCUGAAGCACACGAUGGACGUCUCUGUAUGCAACAUGUUGUUUAAAACUGAUGUACAUUUUGUUUUUGGUGGAGCAGUUAACUAGGGAGAAAAAUGUAAAUACCUGUACAUAGAAAAAUAAAUACUUAUGUUGAAAACUCUUCAUUCAAGGUUUUUAUGUA